GGGCGCUGUAGUAUCAGUGGAUCUCCCAUUACAGCUGACCGGAGCCAUACCGGAUUCGCGCGUGAAUUGUUUGUAAAAACAAUCUUAAAUUUUUGUAUUAUAGCUGUUAAGAAAACCAGGACCAUGCCUGCGGUGGAAAAAUGUGUGAUCACCGACUGGAAGCGCAUGUGGCAAAUUGUAUCCGGCAUCCACUAUGAGACUCCCCAAGAAACUGUUCUGGAGCAGCUAAUGGACGUGGUCUCCGAACUCCAGGCUGGGGUGCUCCAGUUCAAGCCGAAGAGCGCCUCAAACGUCCAGUUGAGUGCUCUACUCAAGGAGAAGAAGCAGGAGAAGCUGCUGCCCUUCACCGAGGGACUCCAGGAGUUGCUGGAUCUGGAGUCGGCCCAAUGCUGGGAAAUUCUGUGCUACUACCUGACACAGGAGUACCGGGGAUCGGCCAGCCUGCUGACCCAGUUGAUCUCCACGGAAACUAACAUGGCCAAGCUGCACGAGGACAUUCGACACUAUUACUCCCUGGAGCGGAUGAUAGUUCUAAAGAUCGUAAAGAACAUAAUCGUGUUCCAUCGUGUUCCCAACCACCCAUACCACCAGGAGUACCGAAAGGUGGUGGAGAAGAUAACACUGACGCGUCUGCGGGAUUCCUACCUCGAGCAGCUUGAGAGCCUCAUUGGCGAAACGCCGCCUCGGAAACUCAUGGUGGGCGAGUGCUUCCACUCGACGGAACGCCUCGUUUCUUGGUCAGAGAGAAACGCCCGCGAGAUCAACGAAGUUCUCCAAAUACUGCUUCUGCUGGCAGAGCAUCUGCCCAUGGGCUUGGCCCAAAUCAAGAGGAUAUUUUCCGCCUGCAAGCAGCACUCUUUCGGCCGGAUGCAGAGCUACUUAGACGAAAGCCAGUCCUACCACUCUGAGCUGAUCCGUGGUCUGGCCUAUUCCGAACUCGUGCUUCUUAUGAAGUGCUUUGACUUUGAAAACCCCCAGGAACACACCGAUCUCAUUGAAAAGUUGGUCGAAGACCUUAACGGAGAGAUCUCUAGCAUGUACCAUCGCCCGGAACAUGGACCACUGCUGUUGGUUUGGAUGCUGCUCCGCCUGCGAGGCACCAACGAUGCAGAUGAUGCCUCCAGUCUGCUUCGGUGCCGUCAGCUGGGAAAGAAAGCUGCAGAUCUUAAGUGCUUCGCUCAACUUCACCAGAUUGCCUCCCACUCCAUUUACGCGGAUGAUUCAAUAAUUUCACGGAUCGCACGCAAGACCAUAUACAACCACUUAGGAUACAUGUGCGACUUGUUCGAUGGCGACGGUAGCUGUGGACGCUACGAGGGAAUUUACGAACUUCUCUGUGAGCUUGUGGCCUGGCCACAGCUGGCCAAAGAGUUCUGUAGUAACGAAGAUUAUGGACCUAGAUCCCUUUACAAAACACUAUUGGAACAGUUCCCGCUUGAGUUCACCAAUCUGGCAAAACUGGCCAACUCUCUGACCAAAGCUGGUCAGGGAAAUUAUAUAAAAAAACAGCUAGAAUCCCUGCCUAUUUUGGCGAUUCUAUACGAUGAGAAUGUUCACAAGCUCAAAGAAAUAGACACGGAUGAAUUUGAGCUUACGGCCAGUGUUUCUCCCUUCCCUCGAAUCGAAUUUACUAUCCCCGCGGGCACCAGUUGCACAGCUAUUCAGAACCCGAAUGGUUGCUUCAUGCACUUCCGCACUGAGGUGAACUUCUUUGAUGCUCUGCAUCAUGAAAUAAACUGCCUGCUGAGGGAGACUGGCCAUCUGCAUGGGGACUUUGAGUCCUCCGAACGUAUUCGCCGCGUGGAGUCGGGACUUAAUUUUCUGGAGGGGGUCGUGAAGCGCAGUCAAGCCGUAUCAGAAAUCAGUGUUGAGAUGGUGCAUCCUACGGAAAUGUGUGUCGAUCUGUUGCACAAGUUCAAGUGCGUUCCGUUGCCACCAGUUGGUCUGCUUUCGACCUGCCUGAAUGUCUGCACAGCAUUGCUGCCGUUAGUGGACCAGGAGAUCUUUACUCGGGUCAGCAACCUGGACAUCCUGCCGACUGUCACCUUUAGAAACGAUUAUGACUUUAAGCGUUUCGCCACCGCAAGUGGCGUGGGCUUUGAGUCUCGCUUCCUAGGCUCUGUCAUCGAUAAUGUAGAGAAAAAGAACGAGCGAUAUGAUUUCCUAAUCGCGUACCUAGGAUUUCUGAGGACCUAUACGAAGCUGAAAAGAAAUCAGUUAUCUCAGGUGGAGAUACCCGGAUUGUUGUUCCUUUUGAGGGACGUAUUUCCGCAUCUGCACUCCUGGCACUUCAGGUCGCAGGUGAAGAGAAACAAGAUCUUCUUUGAAGUGCUGAGCUUCAUCUGCGAUGUCCUCGAUUUGGUGGGAAAUGGCGAAGAAUCGAAGAGCGAACAGCAUGAGCUGUUGCUCAAGAUGUGUGUUUAUUCGUUGCUGAAUCUAGAGAAUGGUCUGAUUCUCUUAAAAUUCGUUGGCGUGGGCAAUGCCUACGUGCAGUAUUCCAUGGAACUGGAAAGCAAUUGGAUGCAGCAGCAGCCCCAUGGUCUGACGAUGCUGGUGCGACUAUCGAUGCGCAUUCUGAUGCAAUUGCUUCGUCUUAAAGACAAGGUUUAUGGACACUCAGACGCGCUCUCUCCCUUGGAGGCGUUGAUAUACACCCAGCCUAAGCAGAGAGAUACCCUACGGAUAAUUCCCACAGUUUGCAGCUACAUGAACAACAUUUUCGACAGAUGGCUUCCAAUAUUGUCCUGCCGCCUGCUGAAGCGUAUCGCCCUGGAGUUUAACAUGUCCCUGCUGGCCUGCUUGGACAUGGAGGCGGACCAGAUUCGAUUGACUUUCAUGCAAAAGCUCCCCGACGAGCUGGAGAGUGAUUCCAUCAAGCUAGCCAUCCUGGAGUUGGUAGAUGCUUGUAUUGCCAAACAGCCAGGUGUAACCGAGGCCUUCUUCAAGGUCAACUACGCCCAGAACAACCGCUCCCGAUCGUUUUUCGGCAAGGACUACGCCCCCAACAUCGGAGAGAGCAUCGUUACCUACAUGCAGGAGUUCCUCGACGCGCUCGAAGUGGAGCCGCGUACCAUUCAACAAGCUCUGCCCGGGAAAAUUAUGAACAUCUUUCACUCGUUGUGGAAGCAUAACCUGCAGAUGCUGGUGGAGGACCUGCAGAAGGACAAGCAGUUCUGGCAGAAACUGUGCGCUCCGCUCUUCAGCGAGCUGCAGCCAAAUGUGAGGAUCUACACACAGCUCAUUAACAUCAUAUCCAUUGAAGUGUAUACGGGAAAUGGCAAAAAUGCUCCCUUGCUGGAAGUUAUGACCAAGUUGUUCCAACCCAAGCACUUUGAACCUUGGCUAAACUACGUGUUCGAUAUGCCGAAGGUACCUGCAGGCCCCAAUCCCACUUCCUCCGAUGAACUCCCCGAUUGGAUCUGUUGCUUGCAAGCGUUCAAAGACCUCAUUGUGAUCAUGCUGAAGAAACAGCCCAAGUUUAUGACCAUUCCCGAGUCGCAGUUCAAGUUAAUGGCUCAAAAAUGUCUCAAGGUGUUGGUGGAUCGCUCCUUCUAUUUGGAGGACAUGCGUCCCUUUAUCAUGCUGGCAGAGCUGUAUGUUUUCCUACUGCUCCAGUUCAAGCACUCGUAUACCAACAGCACCGACGAGGAGCAAGAACUGAUGGAGCUGCUGCUGCAGCUUAUGAGCCGUAUCUGCUCCUGCUACGAGGACCUGCAUGUCAGGGCCAAGGAGGCCUGCCUCGCCAUAGUCACGAAGUGUGCGCAUCUCUAUACGAGCCUACUCAUUAAGGACACUUCCAUCGCCAUGCGCUUCCUGAACUCGGUGCUGAGUAUCAUUUGCAGCGAACUGCAGCACAUGGAGAACUCCGUCGCACUGGACCAGCCCAUUUGCCUCAACAACUCCCAGGAUUCGGACAACAAAAAUUCUACAAAUUCAUUGCUAUUGUGUCUGAACCUCCUGAAGGCGGUGGCCACAAUAUUCCACAAUGAUGGUCCCGGAAACUGGGAUCUGCCAUUUGUGUCCGUUCGCCUGUUUCCACGAAUUCUUCGCUGCAUCUCUUAUACCUUGCCGCUGGCCAGCAAGCAGCUCCUCAGUGUCCAGCUGUUGGAUGUUCUCAUAGUUUUCGCCAAAAGCCACUGCUCUGUGGAGUUCCUGCACUGCGAUAUCGGCGAGUACCUGUGGCUGCAACUGAAACCUCCCAGGGAACUCCUGAAUUGCCCGCUGGAGUUUAGCAAGCCAGCCGCAUCGGAAGCCCAGCACUGGACCGCGGAGAUGUGGUGGCCCAUUUACGCCCGAGGCAUUGAGUUCAUCACCAUCAUCUACGAGAAGCACAGGAAGUGUUUCCUGAACCAAACUCUUCAAUUUGUGGGUAUACAUGAGGAGUACUUGGUGGAUGCCCUGCAACUGAGCAAGAAGACCCUUGAACCAGCUGCCAUGCAGUUAAUCAAGGCAACUGUUACCUUUGCGUCCUGCCUCUCCGAGGAUCAAAAGGACUGGCAGCAAUAUGAUGAGAAAUCUUUGCACAAUAUAAUGCGAUCGCUUCAAAGUUUACUCUGCCAUAUAUCUUCAUUGUUCCAUCAGAAGAGGAAUCUUAAAUGCCUCCUGGUAGGUAGGCGAUCUCAACUGGAGAUCCUGCGCAGAACCGAGGACAUUUCCAUUGACGAUGAACUAAUCUCUGCUUGCAACGACAUUACGGAAAUUAUAAUCUAUUGCACGAAAACAUUUUUGAGAUUCAGUCCGGAUCUGAUGGACUUGCUGUGCAACAAUGUCUACCAACCUCACAAGUGGAGCCCCAUUCUGGACGUCAAGUUUGGAGCUCCGAAAAUGAGUGAAGAAAAUGUGUGUCUUACAUUCGGAAUGGUCCUGAACAUGAUCAACAUUUACGUUAAGUCGCUGAACAUGCAAAACCAUGGCUUUAGUGAGGUGCCUAUAAACACAAUUCCCUCAGUAGAGCAAGGUGCUGACACCACCGGAAACGAUGAAGCGGAUGUCACCUUAGGAAAUAAGACGGAACGCACGUUUUCCAAGUCUCUGUCGACCAGUUCGAUUUCCUCGGUCUCUUGCCCCGCCAGUGAACUGCUGUCCAACAUGGACGGCCAACUGUGUCAGCUAGCGCUGGAGCACUUGCUCAUGCUAGUGGCCUCGCAGGGCAUCUGCGUGAUUAGGUCGACGGUGUUGGAGCCACGCUGGAAGCAAAUCGUACGCCGGGAGAUAAGCAACGAACUGAUGAUCUACCACGAGUUUGUGCGUCGCAAGGUAGUUGUCGACUACCGGGACCAGAAAAACCCUUGCCAGCGACGUAAACAAGGCAUUUAUAAGCUCAAGUUUUCGGAUCCGGCAAGAGGUUAUGCGAUGCCAAGUUCUUCCCGCAGCACGGACGUUGUGCGUCGAUCCAGCAGUACUUCCAAUGAGCUGCGAGUCAAUGUGGUUCGACGACAGCAUCUCCAACAGCAGUUGCGUACUCCGCCGCCCAACAGAUUCGACAUGAGCCAUGAUCUGAGUCCGAUAUCGACGGGAUCACAAAAUGCGGCCAGAGGCAGUCCCGAGAGCCGAAAACGUUUGUAUCCUUCCACUCAGAUGGGGGAGUCCUUCGUAGAAGACGAACUGGCCGCCAUCGAACUUCAGUUCUUCCCUCCUCCCUCGGAUCGCGGCUUCUGUGAGCAGUCGCAGGUCCAGCUGGUGGAAGAGGACUAUCUGCAUGUGAUGUCCUGCCUCUUCAAUGCGAUGCCCCACUGCGACUGAGAUGGAUUUUCUUUCUUUUGGUUUUUUAUACAUUUUUUAAUAAAGUUUGUAAGCUUUGGAAAAAAAAA